UCAGCUCAGCGCUCCAGGGUGACGUCAGAAUUCGUCUUCCUGGUCGCGGUGUUCUGCAAUGGCGGCGGCGGCGCGCUUGUUGGUGAAAAGUGCGGCUUUUAACUCCUCUGUGAGCGCUGUGUGCGGACGUGUGCGUGCUCCCACUGCAGGGACAUCACUGAUCAGACUCUCGCCCAGCUGCUCGCUCCGGCUGAAGACACAAACACGUCAUGCGGCACACUUCACCUUCUACUCUGACCCCGUCUCCACCAAGUACGGUCCUACCACGAAGAUGAACCUGUUCCAGUCUGUAACCAGUGCCUUGGACCACACCUUGGCCAGUGAUCCCACAGCAGUCAUUUUUGGGGAGGAUGUGGCCUUCGGUGGGGUGUUUCGGUGCACAGUUGGCCUGAGGGACAAAUAUGGCAAAGACCGUGUUUUCAACACACCUCUGUGUGAGCAGGGCAUUGUGGGAUUUGGCAUAGGAGCAGCUACUGCAGGGGCUACAGCCAUUGCAGAAAUUCAGUUUGCUGAUUACAUCUUUCCUGCUUUUGAUCAGAUUGUGAACGAAGCUGCCAAGUACCGGUACCGUUCAGGAAACCAUUACGACUGUGGGACCCUGACCAUCCGAGCACCGUGGGGCUGCGUGGGUCAUGGCUCCAUCUACCAUUCCCAGAGUCCUGAGGCCUUCUUUGCCCACAGCCCUGGCCUUAAGGUGGUGGUGCCAAGAGGCCCAGUCCAAGCUAAAGGGCUGCUCCUGUCCUGCAUUGCUGAUAAGAACCCCUGCAUUUUCUUUGAGCCCAAGAUCCUUUACAGAGCAGCAGUGGAGCAAGUACCGACAGAAGCAUACCAUCUCCCCCUCUCUCAGGCUGAUAUAGUGCAGGAGGGAAGUGACCUCACCAUGGUUGCCUGGGGAACACAGGUUCAUGUAUUGAAGGAAGUGGCUAACAUGGCACAGGAUAAGCUCGGUUUGUCUUGUGAGCUCAUUGACCUGCAGACAAUUUUGCCAUGGGACAUAGAGACUGUAUGCAAGUCAGUGGUGAAGACGGGGAGGCUGCUGAUCAGUCAUGAGGCUCCAGUGACUGGAGGCUUCGCUGCCGAGAUCUCAACAACAGUGCAGGAGGAAUGUUUCCUAAACCUGGAGGCACCAAUCACCAGGGUGUGUGGCUAUGAUACACCUUUCCCUCACAUUUUUGAACCCUUUUAUAUCCCGGACAAAUGGAAGUGUUUUGAGGCUAUCAAACGCAUGAUCAACUACUAGAAUCUGGAAAUGAUGAAUUCCUCACAGAUGCGGUUGCUACCCUGGGUGACUAACAGACAACUCAUGAAGUUGGAUGAACAUGGACAAUAACUGUAGAACUUUAUUGGUCAACUGUGUUGAGCAAUAUUCAUGAACACUAAAAUGCAGAUAAUUAGUGUGUGCUCUUGAACUGUACUUGGUGGAUGAAGAACUGUAUUUGGGGUCUCUUUUUUUUUUUUUGCUGUUACAUUAUGAUUACAUUAUGAUGUUUAGUGACUGUCACACUUUGUUUGAAUUUGGGUUUCUUUGGUUUCUAAACAAAUUAAAGAUAUACGAAAGAGA